GGAUGAUGAGAACGGCAGCCAUCUCCACGCCAAGGUUAGACAAAAUGCCAGGCAUGUUCUUCUCUGCUACUGCAAAGGAAGUGAAGGGAACCGAUCACUCCCUUCUAGAGGACAAAACGCCAAAGAGGAGGCCUAAGACUUUUGGAAUGGACGUGAAAGCGUACCUGAGGUCUAUGAUCCCACAUCUGGAAUCUGGAAUGAAGGCUGCCAAGUCCAAGGACAUACUGUCUGCUGAUGAAGUAAUGCAGUGGUCUCAAUCUCUGGAAAAACUUCUCACCAACCAGACUGGUCAAGUUGUUUUUGGACGUUUCCUCAAGUCUGAGUUCAGUGAGGAAAACAUGGAGUUCUGGCUGGCUUGCGAAGACUACAAACAAACACAGUCGGACCUCUUGCGUUACAAAGCAGAGAAAAUCUACAAAGCUUUUGUGCAUUCAGACGCUGCUAAGCAAAUCAAUAUAGACUUUCGUACUCGAGAAUCUACAGCCAAGAAGAUGAAAGCUCCAACCCCGACGUGUUUUGAUGAAGCCCAAAAAGUUGUUUACACUCUGAUGGAAAAAGACUCCUAUCCUAGGUUCCUCAAAUCCAACAUAUACUUAAAUCUUCUGAAUGACCUUCAGGCUAAUAGUCUAAAGUGACCGUUUCCUGGAUGGAGAGAAUUACAGAUGGUAUCAAGUACAGAAGGAAUGUGCCCGGAUGGCUCCCUUGGCAAACAACGUGGCCUUUUGGGGUGACUCCAUAGGCCCAGGGAAAGAACAAAGGACUCAGAGGGAUUAACACAGAAGUUACCCAGGCGCAGGGUGGAAGAAGCAUGAGGUGAAAACUGAGAGACAGUGGAAGGAAGGUGACACUAUGGUAUUGUCAUAAAAUCCAGUGGACCUCCAUACUAGGAAACCUUUCAGAACUGACAAGGCCGGGUAACUCUAGUUACACAGACACUGUGAAUAAAGGUUUUGAAACUGAUUAAGACAUGCUAUAAGCUUCAAGGUCAACUGACAUUUAUGCUGCAUAUUAUUAUACAGAAAUUGUCUUGAGCUGCUGAAAUCCCUUUAACUUGGAUGACUAUUUGGAAAGUAGGUGUUUUGAAGUUAUUAUUGCUAUUAUUGACACGAAGUUUUUUUCGUGUUGUUUGGAUUGUUUAAUAGCUUUUGGCUUGAAAGAGAUGAAGAAGAGAAAUAAUGUAUUUAACUUAAGCUAUUGCUCUUACUCCUUGUAAGUCAGAAUAUAUUUGUAAAUUAAAUUAUCAUGGUGUCAGUAAUA